AAAUGGAUUGACAGAGAUUUCAGAGUGUGUGUGGGUGGGGUCUGAAACCUUGUCCACAAACGAAUGCAACUGAGAACACAAAUUUCCCACAUCACUCUUUGCUUUCUCUUUUGCUUCUUCUCCAUCACACUAUUCUUCUCUUCUAAGAAGAAGAAGAUGAUGGUGAUGGCGUUUGAAAGAUGAAGAGGAGCACAGUGUUAUGCAUCCUCAAUGGCAUGUCAUUGUGCUUACACUGCCUUUACAUUUUCAUCAUCAACCAAAGAAUUCUCCACUGCUAACCCUAAUAACAUGUUGUUGAAGCCAUCAGCUAGAUGCAGACCCUUUCUCUUGUCCUCCAUCAACAAUUCCACUCCAUCCUACAACACCCUUGUUUCUGAGGCUGUUAGACUCUUGGUUCCUCCAGCAAAAUUUGAAGCUUCAAAGCUGAAGGUUGUUCUAUUGGAAGAUCAGAUGAACAAAUAUGCAAGUAUUAUUCCGAGAACCUACAUUCUAUCCCACUGUGACUUAACAGCUAAUCUGACUUUAGCUGUGUCCAAUGUAAUCAAACUAGAGCAGUUGAGAGGGUGGUAUGAGAAGGAUGAUGUUGUAGCAGAAUGGAAGAAAGUGAAAAAUGAAAUGUGUCUCCAUGUUCAUUGCUUUGUCAGUGGUCCCAAUCCCUUCCUGGAUCUGGCUGCUGAAUUUAGAUAUCACAUAUUCUCCAAGGAAAUGCCUUUGGUACUCAAAGCAAUUCAAUAUGGAGAUUCUGUACUUUUCCAUGAGCACCCGGAAUUACUAGAUUCCAUAGUCCGAAUUUAUUUUCAUUCAAGCUCAAAAAAAUACAACAGAAUGGAAUGUUGGGGGCCUCUAAAGGAUGCAAUGGAGGGAAAACAAGCGGAUCAGAUCCAAGGUUUAAUAAGCAGAGAUUGUCCUCCUGAAAAGUGUCGGAGCCCAAAGUCCAUCUUCCAAGCUCUUUUUGCUUUUCUUCUUUGAAAUGUAUCAAUAACUUGGAGGAUUUGUUCAUAUCCCAUUUCUUCCCACAGCUCACAAUUUCAGGAGGUUUUGGCAAAGCAAAAUUCAGCUUGCUAGAAUGUACUAGUCCCCAAAAAGAAAACUAAAUCUUUUGGGAAGACCCAAAAGGAAAUGUAAAUUUGGACCAAGACAGAUUUCUUGUGCAACAAGUGCAAUUCACUUAUGAUUUAUGUGACUA